AUGUAUUCUCGCUCAGAAAACAAAAACCACCAAGUUUAUUCAACUUGUAAUUACGAAAGUACCCACGACGCCGAAAAUUGGUUAUUAAUCCCAUUUGUAGAAAGAGGAGAAGCCCAACGAUUUUAUUUACAUUUUAAUUUUACAAUUGUGAGGUGUGCGGCUGUUGAAGCUUUGAGAACUAGUGGGUGUAAAGAAACGUUGAAAUUAUAUGCUGCUCAGUUUAAUGAGUCUGAAGAGAGGGAAUUUGUUAAAAGGAAAAAUUGGUUUAAUGAAACUAAAUGGGAUUAUGUAGACACACUAGCUUCUCAUUCAACAACGGAUACUGCAAAUAAUAAUCAAAAUAAAAAUGAACUAGAAAGGGGAGGAAAUUUAGAAGAAGGAGGAAAUACUCUUAAAGACCACCAACAACAACAAUCAAAUAAUAAUCAACAACAAACAUAUACACAAACAAGCUCUUAUGAUGUUAAAAAGCGUUAUGUACAUUUUGCAUUGAGAAAUACUGGUGCUUGUUCUUCUAUACUUUCGGUUAAGAUUUACUACAAUGUUUGCCCAGAAUAUUUUUCUUCACUUCUACACCUUCCACGUACCGUUAGUUCUCGUGACCCCCACGGUGUUGUAAGCGUUCAGGGACGGUGUACUUCCAACUCCUCUCCCGUCGCCACAAUAAUUCAACAAAAUUCCAAAAAUUCUCAAAAACUCGAAAAAUUAGUUAGACGUCAAUUCCCAGCAUUACAACCCCCAACGGCUAUUUGUAAAGCUGAUGGAAGUUGGCAAUUGGUUGGUUCUUCUACAGAAUGUGUUUGUGAUCAAGGAUUUGUGGUAUCCAAAAUUAAUGGAAUGUGUACAGGUGGGGAAGAAAAUUUUUUUUGA